AUGAUACUCGGACCCCCAUUGUUUGUCGCCGGUGUGCGUGCAGGCUGGCAGGCCUUGCGCGGUGACCGAGGUGUCAAAGAGAAUUCUUCUGGAGACUCUCUUGCCCGUAUGAAUCGAGUCUGCGCCUGGACCGUUCUUUCAGCGCUCUUGCUGUUAUCGUUCCAGCCGCAUCAGGAACCGCGCUUUCUCAUUCCGCUCGUAUUUCCUACAAUCCUGUUGGUGGCUAAUAGUGGUAUCAUUGACCGGCUGGGCAAAUUAUUCUGGGUCUCGACGGCAUUGUGCAACAUCGUGCUGGCUGUCAUAUUCGGAUUUCUGCAUCAAGGCGGAAUCGUACCAUCGCUUUUUCGCGUCCACGAGCUGGUACAGCAGACCAACCAUAGUAGCGCAAUCGUCUAUUGGAAAACCUACAUGCCACCGAGGCAUCUUCUUGCCAUCCCCGAGACCGACGUCCAGUCAGGCCUGGUCUCUAUCAUCGACCUUGCGGGCGCCGACGCCGACGAGGUGCGAAAUGCCCUCUUUUCCCUACCGUCUAGCGAUGGCACUGGUGGUGUGUAUCUUGUGACACCGCCAUUUGCGGUCAGGAGUCUGGAUCAGCGCAUGUCGCAGUGCUUGAAGCUUGAUAAAAGGAUAUACCCCCACCUCGAUUUGGACCACAUACCGGAGAGCAUAGAAAUGGGGUGGAAGGAGGGACUUAGUCUUGGGAUUUACCUUGCAGAACUCGAAUGUCUAAAACGAGUCGCCGAUCCAGUAUCCUAG